AUGUACAUGCCGCAACGAACUUUCUUCAGCGACAUCGACCAUCUCAGCAAGAUGGGCAAUAUUCUUACCGACACUUCGGCUGGUAGCGCAAACACCACCCCUGACCCUGUUACAGACACUGAUACCGGAACUAUAGACGCAAACGCUCGAUUUGGUACGAUGAGGACUCGCAACCAGUUUUGCCAGAAGGUAGAGGAAGUAUACAAACAGUCGCCGGCCCGAUUCCAUGCGAAGAUCGACUCCGCUUAUGCCCAAUACCUGGCGAAGUUCAAUGAGAUCCAGAGGGUCUAUGGCACCCGUGUACGUGACAUCGCUGGUGAAGACUGCUUCUCUGGGUUCUCGCAUGCAUUUCCAGACGCCUCUUUAACCGAACUCAUAUAUUCAAUGUUAAGGGACGUUGGUUGA